AUGGCUUCUCGAACUGGCGAGCGCUCCGAAGGGAGGCAUAGCUCGGAGAGCUCCGGUGGACGUAGCUGGCUAUCACAAGAGACUGUUAGAGGGAAUUCCGGUUACCGUCAGCAGCAGAAUCAAGCCAUGUCCAACGGCCGCAGUGUCUCUCCAUUCUCGGGGCCCACUAUUGCCGACAGAUCUGAUUCCCAGAGCCGAAAACGCCCGGCCGCCAUAGAAGCUCCCCCCGACCUAUACAACCCGAAAUUUACGUGGAUCGCUCCGGAGUUCUCACCUACGGAUCAGCGCCACAAAGGAUUUGGCAGUCAUAGGAGAGCACUGGCAGUGCUGGGAACCGACGAUCCUGGCCCCCCUCCGGCUUCCGGCUCAAUGUCGCGACCGCCGGCGCACCUGAAUCCAUCGACAUCCGACUACUUCCAGCACGAACAGAAUUCCUCGUUAUCCUCAUCCCCUAGAAUCGCGCCCAACGACAGCCCGGGGACCUUUUUCCAUGACUACUCGGAACAUGAGGGCUCGCCCGCUUCUGCCACGUUUCGUCCAGGGACGGGGCGGACCUAUACAAGCGAACCGGUCGAAUUAGAUUACAAUGGUGAUGAUCGCAGACCGUCUGUUGCUAGUGCCACAACCGUAAGUAGUCAAGGGUCGAAGUCUAGCACCAGCGCUCGGUUUCGGAAACGGUUGCAGGGCUUUUUUGGGGACGAGUAUACGGGCCCUGGUGAUUUUGACGGCAACUCUCAAAAGCCGGCCGCCGGACCCGUGCGCAUGGCGCAACAUGGAGCUCGCGAAAGAGCAAACUCGGAUGGCACACGAAACCUACCGGGCCGAUCGCAUGACCAAUCCUUCUCCCAGGAAGACAAGGGAUCUGAUAACGCGUACCCGCCCAGUGAAAUUACGCCGUGGUUGUACCAAAGCAUCAAUGAUAUCCCCCACUUUGGAGAAGCCCCGGUUCGCGAAUCCCCAACGGGGCCUGACGGCCAACGUGCUGGCAGCCACAAUGCACGAGGGCCGUCAAGAGAUCAAUCGCGGCGGUACUUCAGCGGCCAUCGCCACUCGCGAAGCAAAGAGGAGAAACCCACCGUUGCGGGCGAUCUCGCUGGGUACCCGGCACGCCCGGCGACUGGACGCGACGAUCUUUCCCUUGGAUUACGUCCUUCCCGGGAAGGUAGUCUCAAUUACCCUUAUACUUCGGCGAUGACUUCAUCCAGUACCUUGGUUGGACGCUCUACCAGCCCUACGCCGAGCGUACAAAGCGCCUACUCCCGGGAGCAAGGGCAGAACUCGCCCGGGCCUCAGCCAAAUAAGCGGUCGCUUUUCGACAAGAUCCGUCGGCCUAAAGGCCAUGGUCCCUUGAAACAUUUCCCAGGCUUGCAGGAUGCGUCCAAGAGCUCCUUGAAAAUUCCACGACGAGAAGCUUCUCCGUCUCGCCGGGGCCGCCAGGGAAGCCUGGAGAGCACUGCCACUUCGAAAUACGGAGAUGCAGCCGAUGAUCGGAAGAAGGACGGCAGAAGCCUUGCGAUCGGGUCCGGGAAGCUGCGUGGACGCCGCGGUGCCGACGCCACUGGGCGAGAUACCCCGAAUCCGGACGAGCAACGUGUGUACCCGCUCGAUACAGAUCUCUCGCACAUGGAAGGCAUUGUGAGGCAACGCUCUCCGGCACCUCCUGGCGAUGCCAACAGAAUGGACGGCGCCUCGAUUGACCAAGAGGGGAAUCCUGACAAUUUAGCUCUGGGCAAUUGGGAUGCCCCGGAGAGCUGGCAUGUCAAAAAACAGUGGGACGACAACACUUCAUUACUUCCCGGGACUGGCGACGAACUUCGUACUACGUCUGAACAAUCUGAUUACUCCGGAGUUUCUUAUUUUAUACGGGUUUUCCGCAUAGACUCGACGUUCGCUACCUUAUCAACGGGCCUCAACGCCACCGCCGCCGACAUCUUACUUAUCUUGGGUCGAAAGUCGUUUCUCACCGAGCAUCUCAAUAGCUAUGACAUUGUGAUGCGGAGAAAUGAUUUGUCUCGAUCCCUGGAUGUCACCGAAAAGCCAAUCCUCAUGCAAAAGCGAAUGCUCGAACAAGUAGGCUACACCAAAAAAGACAGGCUAGAAGAAGUCGGUCGGGAGGACCAUAGCUAUUUGAUUAGCUUUACCUUUCUUCCCAUCAAAUUCAGCGGCCUUAGCAGCCUGCAAAGUGGAACCGAGUCCUUUAUCAGCAAAUCCCAAAAGCUUACCACCGUGGAUCUUCAAAGCCGAAAUCUUGUGACGAUUCCCAUCAGCUUAUAUAAAAGAUGCUCGGACAUCAUAACACUCAAUCUGUCGCGGAACUUGGAAUUGGACGUUCCGAAGGAUUUCAUUCAGGGCUGCGUCAACCUGCGGGAGAUCAUAUUCAAAGGCAACGAAGCCACGCGUCUACCUUCUAGCUUUAGCACUGCAAGUCGGUUAACUCUGCUGGACAUCUCUAAUAAUCAUCUGGACGACCUGGAACACGCGAGUUUGGACCAAAUACAGGGUCUUGUCUGCAUCAGACUGAGCAACAACAGACUCACCACUUUGCCGAGAUACUUUGGAAACUUCCAAUUUCUGAGAACCCUAAGCCUUUCGUGCAACAAUCUGCAAACAUUGCCUCGGUGUGUCUGCGACUUGAAGAGCCUGAUCGACCUCGACCUAAGUUUCAACAAUAUCGCGGAACUGCCAAAUAUAGGAAACUUGACAUCUGUUGAGCGCAUCUGCGUCACAAGCAAUGCUUUGAGAGGCCCCUUGGGUGAGACGUUUAAGGGGCUCACCAACUUGAAGGAACUGGAUGCCAGAUUCAAUGAAAUAACAAACAUUGACAGCCUCUCUAUGCUUCCACGUCUAGAGCAGCUGUCGAUCGGUCACAACCCAAUCUCACGAUUCAGAGGGUCCUUCCCGAAAAUGCGGAUAUUAGCCCUGGAUCAUUGUCCCAUGACCCAGUUCGAUAUCGAUGCACCCAUGGCUACUUUGACGUCGCUGAACGUGGGCUCAGCAAAGCUCGUUCAAUUGCGCGAUUCCAUGUUCGAGAAUCUACCCAAUCUGACAAAGCUGAUUCUGGAUAAGAACCACUUUGUGUCGAUGUCAUCGCAAAUUGGCAGACUCCGCAGGCUUGAGUAUUUCAGCAUGAUCAAAAACCCACUGGCUGCGCUGCCCCCCACAAUCGGAUGUCUAACAGAGUUAAGGUAUCUUAAUUUGCGGGAGUGCAACCUCAGAAGAUUGCCCCCGGAGAUCUGGCACUGUCUCAAGUUGGAGACUCUUAACGUUUCUUCAAAUGUUCUGGACGCCUUUCCGAAACACACUUCUCAACCGCCAACGCUCAAUGAUCUAGGCAACACUCCUACAACAACCCCAGGACCCUCGGCAACACCAAGUUACGAAGACGUAGGUGCGCUGGAUGAAAGUCAAACUCGUCGACCGAGCCAGGCCUCAGCCGGUGUCUUGAGCACCGGAAGCCCUCCCAACGGUACAGGUUAUCGCAAGCCAUCGGUUGCGUCUUCUUUCGGCCAAGGCGGCCGGAAAGUGUCUACCACCUCACGUUCCCACACCGACGGAAGCCCAUCUUCCAGAAAGGAUUCCAAUUUCUCGCAGCUUUCUGCAUCUACAUUUGUUGGCUCGCUCAAGAAUCUUUACCUGGCGGACAACCGUUUGGAGGACGACAUCUUCCGCGAGCUCUCGCUGAUCCCGGACUUGCGCGUGGUAAACCUUUCUUACAAUGAAUUGACCGAGUUGCCGCAGGGAUUGCUCAGACGAUGGCCUUUGUUGUCUGAACUGUACCUCUCGGGUAACGAGCUAUCUGCCCUUCCUUCCGAUGAUCUUGAAGAAUCAAGCAAUUUGCAGGUCCUCAAUAUCAACGGGAAUAAGUUCCAAGUCCUACCAGCGGAGCUGUGUAAGGUCAGUAGGCUUGCCAUUUUGGACGUCGGCAGCAAUUAUUUGAAAUACAACGUCUCCAACUGGCCCUAUGACUGGAACUGGAACUGGAAUCGGAACCUGAAAUACCUCAAUUUUUCCGGCAACAAGCGGUUGGAGAUAAAGCCCAACUACAAUAACGCGCAAGGCACCGAUCUGACCGACUUCAACUCUCUCAGUCAUCUGCGGGUUCUAGGAUUGAUGGAUGUUACUCUCACGACAUCCACUAUCCCCGAGGAGAAUGAAGAUCGCCGUGUGAGAACAUCUUCAUCAAUCGCCGGUUCAGUUGCCUAUGGUAUGGCAGAUUUCCUAGGGAAAGACGACCACCUAUCCAUCAUCGAUGUCAUCGUGCCGCGUUUGAAAACAGAAACGCUGGAGACCAUUGUGGGUCUAUUCGAUGGCCAAUUCAACUAUGGCGAAGGUUCAAAGAUCGCCAAAUUCCUCCAUGAGUAUUUCGUCAACACCUUCAUGAGCCAGAUGAAGCGAUUGCGACCGGAAGAGCAGGAAACGCCGCUGGAUGCUCUCCGGCGGACUUUCUUGGGUUUGAACAAGAGUAUCGCUCUUGCCUGCUACAAAUCUAUUGAUGACCAGGUUGUCCGACAGUACCAUGACGACACGCCUGAUCAGAAAAGGGUGCGGUUAAACAAGCAUGACAUCAGGACCGGUGGUGUUGCAACCGUACUGUAUCUCAAUGAGAUGGACCUUUAUGUUGCCAACGUCGGCGAUGCCCAGGCAAUCCUUGUCAAAUCAGAUGGCUCGCUCAGGCAGCUGACCAAGGUUCACGACCCUACCGAGCCCCACGAAAGGGCUAGGAUUCGGGCUGCUGGAGGCUAUCUCACCCGCAACGGCAGGCUCAACGACGAUAUCCCUGUCUCAAGGUGCUUCGGGUUUUUCCCUGAUAUGCCAGCGAUUAUCGCAGCUCCCCAUACCAUGCAUAUCAACCUCACCGAACAGGACGAGAUGAUCAUUCUUGCAUCGAAGGAGCUCUGGGAUUAUGUCACGCCGGAUGUCGUCGUCGAUGUCACGAGGGCCGAACGAAGAGAUAUGAUGAUAGCGGCUCAAAAGCUAAGGGACCUUGCUGUUUCCUUUGGGGCCAGUAACAAGCUUAUGGUGAUGGUACUCGGAGUGGGUGACCUCAAGAAGAAGAACAACAAGUACAAUCGACCAAGUGUCUCUCUAGGCGCCCCUGAAGAACAAAUCAUUCCAAGCACGAAACGCACCAAGAAGCCACGCGAUGUCCCUGGCGAUUCCCGACUUGCUCGGUUCGACUACGUGGAUGCGCCGGUUGGGGAAUUGGCGAUCAUAUUCACCGAUAUCAAAAAAUCGACAAGUCUGUGGGAAACCUGCCCUGACGCAAUGCGUUCCGCGAUCCAGAUCCACAACGAUAUCCUUCGUCGGCAACUGGGAAUAACUGGUGGAUACGAGGUCAAAACCGAGGGUGAUGCAUUCAUGGUUGCAUUUUCAACAACUACGGCGGCUCUACUCUGGUGCUUCAAUUGUCAAACUCAGCUACUCGAAGCGGAGUGGCCCACAGAGAUUCUUGAUCAGUCCCAAUGCCAAGUCCAAUAUGACAUGGACGACAACAUUAUUUUCCGGGGACUAUCUGUCCGAAUGGGCAUCCAUUGGGGUGAGCCUGUUUGUGAAAAGGAUCCCGUCACGAACCGCAUGGAUUAUUUUGGCCCGAUGGUGAACCGUGCAUCACGAAUCUCCGCUGUUGCCGAUGGGGGGCAAAUUUUCGUGUCCUCUGAUUUCAUGAGCGAUAUCCAGCGCAAUUUGGAGGUAUUCGCGGACAGCGAGCGUGCCGCCUCGACCGGCUCCGAAGAGAGCUACGCACUAGACAACCUGGGAUAUAACAUUCGCCGUGAACUUCAGCAACUGAACAGCUUGGGCUUUGUGAUCAAGGACCAGGGCGAGCGCAAACUGAAAGGACUGGAGAAUCCCGAGCCUCUCUAUCUUAUCUACCCACAUUCGCUGUCCGGUCGAUUGAAUUCCCUGGAAAAGGAUGCGGUGAAUGAGAAUGCCCCGACGACCAUCAGCAAGCAUUCCCAACUCGAGAUCCAAACUGAUUUGAUCUGGCGAUUGUGGGAAAUCACGCUCCGUUUGGAAAGGCUUUGUGGUGCUCUGGAGUACCCGGGCGAAGCGCGCCUCAAAGAACCGAAUGUGGCACUCUUCAACGUAGUCAAAAAUCAUGGAGGGGAGUUGGCUGAUUCAACGGUGCUCAGCCUGGUUGAACAGCAGGUGACUCGAAUUGAGAUGACGAUCAAUACACUCGCGGUUCGACACAUGAUGCGGCCCUUCAGGCCAGGGGACCAACUCAACGAUCAUGCCGUGCCUAUUGGGGAAGUGAUGCAAGAACUGCAAACCCAGCUUGCCGAAUACCGAGCUCUUAAGGAGCAACUUGCGGGAAAUGCCGCUCACUUUCCUGGUGCAUCUCCCAGGUAUCCACCGAAUAUGAUGCCAAAUAAUGGUGACGACAUUUCUUCGUCGUCGUCAGACCCUUAG